ACCGCCACCAGUCAGACGGAGGGGGCUUUUUUUGGGCGUACGCUUUGAUAGCCUCGGAGCACCACGCGAAAGGCUUCAUUCCCGAAUCGAAGCAACGAAACCACCAGCUAAGGGGCCGAAGAAGCUGAGCCUUUGCAAGCGGAUCGCGCAAGCCUGAAUGGCUAUAUAAAAGACUACGCCGUUGGAAGCAUUUUCGGUAUUAAUCUCGUCGCAGUGUUUUCGUGCAGAUCUCGAGCAUCUAGCUUAGGAAGAAACGAGGGGCGAACUUUUUUGGCUAGGCUCGGUUGGCUUGUUAGGCUGUGUGUGCCUGUUUAUCGAAUAAAACAACAACAAUGAUGAAGUUCAGUGUGAUAGCCGUAUUGGUGCUGGUGGCUGCAGUUGGAGCCGAACCGCCUGUAGGCGGUGGUUACUCAUACUCCAGUUCCGGUGGCCACAGCCAUUCCCAUGAUGACUCCGACGGAGGCUAUGUUGCAGUGAACAGUGGCCACCAAUCCUCGGAAGGACUCCACGUGGAUCACCAUUUGCUGCACAAAGUGAAAGAAAUUUUGGUGGAAAAUGAAAACGGUGCAGCUGGAUCCUCAUCAUCAUCCUACAGUGGAGGUCACUCCGUUCCUUCAACCUCUUACGGAGUUCCAUCGUCAUCAUACGGCGCACCAUCACACUCCUACGGACCUCCGCCAUCUCCCGUCUACGGUGUCCCUUACUUCGGUGGACAUUCUUCUCGCGUGACUGGAGUCGAACUUGGCCACGUGCGGCAAGGCAUCCAGCUGGCCGAGUUCUACAAAGCACAGAGUGCACAUUCCUAUCCAUCUCAUUCAUACUCUUCUCCUUCAAUUUCUCACUCAUCCUACUCUGCUCCUUCCUUCGCUUCCCACUCAUACUCAGCUCCAUCUCACUCAUCUCAUUCCCAUUCUUCGCCCACAUCCUAUUCAGUUCCGUCCUCCAGCUAUGGAACUCCUUCAGCAUCAUAUAGUGCUCCAUCAAUUUCAUACGGAGCUCCAUCGGCAUCGUACAGUGCCCCAUCCUCAUCAUACGGAGCGCCUUCAGCAUCAUACAGUGCUCCGUCCUCUUCGUAUGGAGCCCCUUCAACAUCAUAUAGUGCUCCGUCGUCUUCAUACGGAGCGCCUUCCUUCGGUAGCAGCCACUAUCGUGUGCCAUCGUCCGUUUACGGAGCGCCAUCACAUUCCUCCUUCUCUUCCUUCCGUCCAUCACCAGCUUAUCACGCACCAUCCACCAGCUAUCAUGCCCCUCCAGCUAGCAGUUAUCACGCUCCUGCUCCAGUAUAUUCAGCUCCACGGCCUGUCUACGGAGUUCCAUAUCACCACUGAAACCAUUCUUCUAUAUCUCAUCACACGCAUCUAAGUCAUUCUAUCAUGUGAAGCUAACUUAUUUACGUGAUUUACAGUCCCAUCACCAAGAUACGUUACACUGAUAAAUAAAAGUCGUUGUUACCAUAAC